AAUGAAAUUGAGCCCUCAUCUUUAUUUCCUGAACCCUUGCCUCUUCUCGCUCGCUCGCUCGCUCGCUCUCUCUCUCUCUCUCUGUCUGGCUCUGGCGACACCCAAAAACAAAGCGUUUUUCUAUGUUCAUCACGAUCAUCUAAACAAGAACAAUUCCAUGGAGUUUACAGUUGAUGGUGAUGUUGAUGGUGAGGUUGUGGGCAGUUCUGCUGAGAUGGAAGGAAGUAGAGCAGGUGAUGAAAAUGAAACCGGUGCAAGUUCUGUUGAAGGAGCAUUCCAACUGGGUCAGGAAGAAAAGAUAAUUCUAGAUUCAUCUGGAAGGAACAUAAUUCCAUCGGCAAUUCCUGUAGUAUCAGUUGUUUCAGCAGAUGAGCCAUAUGUUGGUCAAGAGUUUGAAACGGAAGCAGCUGCUCAUGCAUUUUAUAAUGCAUAUGCCACUCAUGUGGGAUUCAUAAUUCGUGUAAGCAAACUCUCUCGAUCAAGGCGGGAUGGAACUGCCAUUGGCCGUGCACUUGUUUGUAAUAAAGAGGGUUAUAGAAUGCCUGACAAGCGUGAAAAAAUUGUAAGGCAAAGAGCAGAGACCAGGGUUGGUUGCAGAGCAAUGAUUUUGGUGAGAAAAGUAAGUUCUGGUAAAUGGGUUGUCACAAAGUUUGUAAAGGAGCACACUCAUCCUUUGACACCUGGGAAAGGUCGAAGGGAUUGCAUUUAUGAUCAAUAUCCGAAUGAACAUGACAAGAUUCGGGAACUAUCCCAGCAGCUGGCCGUAGAGAAGAAACGUGCUGCAACAUAUAAAAGACAUCUUGACCUAAUAUUUGAGCAUAUUGAAGAGCACAAUGAGAGCCUAUCAAAGAAGAUCCAACACAUAGUUGAUAGUGUGAAGGAGAUUGAAAGUAAGGAGCAGCAAGUUUACAGAUAGUCUGCCUUCGGCAAUAUAAAGCACCUUUUGUUUUGUGAAGCGUAGAAUCAAGCUAUGUUGUGGAGAAUGCUACAGGAUGAAGCAGAUUGUUUGGUUUCAGUGUUGGUUUACGAUACCUUGUGCUUCACCUAGGUUUAGGUAACUAGUUAGUUUUGUAGUUUGGCAUGUUUUAGUCAAUGGCAUUCAUUGGACUGCUUUGCAUAAUGUGUUGUCUACAGCAAAUGUUUCCUACCGCAAAUGUUUGUAGGAAAUUUGUUGAAUCCAUGUAUAGUUUACCUGGGCCAUCCUUAUCAAAAUGCUUAACAUGCAAUAAUUUUAAAGAGUACUAGGAUGUCCCAAGGAAAGUUGAAUCCUCUAUUUAAUUUGUAUAGCAGAAUAUAUGUCCUUUUAAGUUGAACUUUUUAAAGUUUCCCAUUUGUUGAUGA